ACGUGGGGAAAGUCGGAUGACGGUUUUAUUUCGUAAACAGCGGAAGUUUUCAAGUCGACAAACGCGACCGCCCAAUCCGCUCGACGGCUCCUCGUCACCCACCCGGAAGUGUGAUUUUGGAUCAGGAAGCUCAGAAGCGGGGAGCAGAGAGAGCGUCUACCUCUCGGUUCACCCAUGGUUAUAACCUCAUUUCGUGGUAUACUAGGUACACGUGCGCCUUUGUUUUGAGGGUAGCACUGAGAUAUCGAAGCUGCUAUUCCACGGAGCCUGUCAGCUGUUGGUCCGUCUGUUAGCGGCGUAGCGCGCUAACGUUAGCCAGCCCACCGACCAUGGCUGGAACACACCGAGGCUGUGUCGUGGCUGCUUUCCUGCUCGUCGUCCUACAAGCUGGCUGUCAAGCGAGGAAACACAAUCUUACCCUGGAGAAUGAAACCCGGUUUGUUGUCCACCUCACCACUUUUGGAUUUUAUGGUAACGGUACUCUGGACGUCAACCUGGUUUCCCUCCGCAUCCCAGAAAGCCUGGUGAACUACAGUGUAUACCCAAUGGGGUUCAGUCUGUCCAGGUCCCGUGUGAGUGGAGUCCUGUCAUACACGGCCGAGGAGAGCGAGUCGUGCCCACUCACUCUCACCAGCUCACCAAACGAUGAACCUGUCAUCCUCUUUCGUAUCGAUACGGCCAGUAGGAGUGUCAAGGUGACUGCCCUUGGGAAACAAGACAACCUGUUGACGGCCAGGGUGAAGCCAGAGACCCCGAAGACUAAAGGACAAAAACAAAAAAGAGCUGUUACCAACCCACUAAACAGCAGAGAUGGAAAAGCGGCUACUAAGAACAGUGUGGGCCCCUUGCCACCCAAGACUGGAAAUGAAACAGAAAAAGGUUCUGAUUCUCAUGUCAAGACAGACGAUGUCAAAGAAAUCCAGCUGGAGACCACCAGUCACCUGACCCUGGCUCUGGAUAAAGAGGGCAACUCCUACAACUUCAGCUUCCAUUUGCUGGUGGGACAUCUGGCAGAGGGACUUUAUAAUUUCAACUUCCACUACUGUCAGAACAUGAAGCCUGGAAUCGACUUGCCAUACUCUUUCUCUAUCGCAUUGACAGAGAAGAAUCCACAAGGUUACUUGUCUGCAGCCGAAGUUCCUCUCUCCCGUCUCUACAUUUGCAUGGCAGGAGUGUUCUUCACCGCCGCCAUGAUCUGGGUCUACACACUGAUGAAGCACAGGUACAGUGUGUUCAAGAUCCACUGGCUGAUGGCAGCACUGGCCUUCACCAAGGCCACGUCUCUGGUCUUCCACAGCAUCAACUAUCACUUCAUCAACAGAGAGGGACAUCCCAUCGAAGGCUGGGCUGUCAUGUAUUACAUCACUCACUUGCUGAAGGGGGCGCUGCUGUUCAUCACCAUUGCUCUGAUCGGAACCGGCUGGGCCUUUGUCAAGUACAUCCUCUCCGACAAGGAGAAGAAGAUCUUCAUGAUCGUCAUACCCCUGCAGGUCCUGGCUAAUGUGGCCUUCAUCAUCAUCGAGUCCACUGAGGAAGGGUCCAGUGAAUACGCACUGUGGAAGGAGGUUCUGUUCUUGGUUGACCUCAUCUGCUGCGGAGCCAUUCUCUUCCCCGUCGUCUGGUCAAUCCGUCAUCUGCAAGAGGCCUCCAGCACCGAUGGGAAAGCUGCCAUGAACCUGGAGAAGCUCAAGCUCUUCCGACAUUAUUACGUCAUGAUUGUGUGCUACAUCUACUUCACAAGGAUCAUAGCCAUUCUGCUGAAGGUCACCAUGCCUUUCCAGUGGCAGUGGUGCUACGAGCUCCUGGUGGAAGUUUCCACUUUGAUCUUCUUCGUGCUGACGGGCUACAAGUUCCGGCCGGCGUCCAACAACCCGUACCUCCAGCUGCCCCAGGACGAGGACGAUGUGGAGAUGGAUGAAGUUGUGACUGAGUCAGGAGCGUUGGAAGGAAUCACCAAAGUCAAGAAGACCGCCAACGGACGCGAGCGCCCCAAAGAGUCGACCUCAUGAGGAGGCCGCUGCUACAGGAAAGGACUUGUUAUACAACCGCGGGCCGACAGGGGGAGCACAUGGACCAAGGCUUUCCAGCUGAUCACAGCUCUUCUUCUGACACCGGUCGAAGUGGACACUCCCACUGGUCUGGCUAUGCAACUCCAACAGUUUUGUUUGUUUGUUUGUGUCCGAACUGAGCAGCCAGAGGGGAGACGACGUGUGUGCUGCUGCUUCUUCUUCUCCGCUCGCUUCUCCAAAGAUCAUGACUAGCUCCUUCACUCUUCCUGUUUGGCUGUUUGACCGCUGCGCGUGACUCCGCUGGUGUGUUUGGUACGCAGCGGCACACGGUCCACCUCCACACACGCCGUUUCUCAGGUAAAACCUCCCGUCUUCACUGAGAAUUGGAUUUUAGGAUCAACAGACACUUGUUCCUUCCUCCCCCCAGAUUUGUACAUGAAAGCGAGUGAGUGUUAAUGUGCAUUAUAUUUACUAAUUAAAUAUUGAGGUUUGCUUUUAUUUCAGUGUAAUGUUGGAGAGGAGAAGCUUCUCCAACCGCUGCUGUAAUUUAGUGCUUUAGUGGUGGAGGGUCACAUCCGGGGGACGGAGCGCUGUGUUUCGUUCCCCCCCCCCUUUUUUGCAUUUUAAGGAGAUUCAAGAGGUUGCAGGUUUGGAGCGGGACACUCCUUUUUUGGGUCCUUCUGCUGCAGUGAGCGAGGGGGCGGCCGUCAAGUGUUUCCUGUGACCUUGGUUUGAACGCUCUGUGUGACGCCAGUGAACAUUUGAAAUCGAUGGCCGGUGAUGAGGGGGUUAAAACCCAGCAAGUGCAUAACUUAAAAGGGCUGAUUUGAAAAAGUGACUUGACACACGUUCACAAACCUUCAGUCAGUGAUUCGUCACCAGCUGCAACUUAAAAGUGUAAUUAGUUCCACUUUUUACAUUUUAGAACAUUUAUUGCAAUACAUUUGCUACUCUGAAGUAAAUAAACACUUUCAUUUUCCCUCAAUUCAUUACAGAAAAAAGACAUUGUACUUUCAAAUUAACAAUUAUUUAUUAGUGUGUGUGUAUAGAAAUAUUUUUCACGCUUUGCAAUUUCCAAAUUACAGGUCAAGCAAUGUGUUUUUUUUCUUCUCGAGAAUGUCACUCGGCACUUAUUUAUUUCAUUACCUUUUGUAUUUUUACUUGAUUUACUUCAAAAUGUUCAAAAGAAAUGAGUGUAUUUACAUCUUUUUUUUUUUUAGGAAUUCCUGUUUUUGUCAUUACUUCUUAUAUAAAUAAAUAAGUUAAGUACUUUUAGAACAUUCCGUAAACGCCAUCUUGAAGCAGUUUUCCUUUUAACGGUUUCUUCGGCAGUGAGCGUCACCAGCCAGCGUUUUCAAAUGUUCGCCGUCACACGUGUCACCCGCUGGUGCGUCGCCGUUUGUACAUAACUUACAUGAACCCGCGAUGGUGUGAGCGGUGGCGUGGAGUCGCCCGACAUGUUUACAGACUGCAGGUCUUGGGUCUGUGACUCGCCACAGGAUCUCUGGGC